GUCCCCAUCAGCCAUGGCUGCCGCCGCUGCUGCCGGCGUUGGGGAGCCUAUGUCCCCGGACGAAUUGCUCCCGAAAAGCGACGCGGAGAAGACUGAAGAGGAGUUGGAGGAAGAUGACGACGAAGAGCUAGAUGAGACCCUGUCGGAGAGACUGUGGGGUCUGACGGAGAUGUUCCCGGAGAGGGUCCGGUCCGCGGCCGGAGCCACUUUUGAUCUCUCCCUCUUUGUGGCUCAAAAAAUGUACAGGUUUUCCAGGGCAGCCUUGUGGAUUGGGACCACUUCCUUUAUGAUCCUGGUUCUUCCCGUUGUCUUUGAGACUGAGAAGUUGCAAAUGGAGCAACAGCAGCAACUGCAGCAGCGGCAGAUACUUCUAGGGCCUAACACAGGGCUGACAGGAGGAAUGCCAGGGGCUCUACCUUCACUUCCUGGAAAGAUAUAGAUUGUCACUACUAUAUUUUGAGCUGUCUUGGUGGGAGAAAUUUGAAAUUCAAUAAUGUUUGAACUGCUGAUUAUUUGGAAUUUUUUUUUUUUUUUUUAACUUUGGCACAUUGAUUUAUCUAAAAACCUAAUGGGGAGAAUUCUCUCCACAUUGUCUCACAGAGAGACUCCCAACUUGCUACUGUGCUCUCCACAGUGUUCUGACUUCUGUCCUCACUCUGAUACCAGAGUGCAGCCAUGCAGACAGUUAUUCCAGCUCUGGCCAUCCCACCCCUUUCACUAAAUUGCUCCUAACUAGAAGAUCUCUCUAUCCCAUUGUGGGGUAGGAACUAAUGUAGUGCGAGGGAUGUACCCCUGACCAUUAAUGACUGGGUUUUUUUUCCCUCCUAAGAAUGGAGAUGUUGGGGAGGGACAUGCACACAAUAUAAAACAAAGUGCAUUACAGCUGUAGUAUAAGGCAGCCACUGUGAAUCCCUAAGUAUGCUGGCAGAAGGGAGAUGGGCUACAGCUUCAGUCACAGGAUGAGGACAAUAGGGACUGUGGAGGAUAGAGCAGGAGCUCAUUUCCUCUGCACAUUUUGGCUAUUAGACCUGUGUGUGUGUUAAAAAAAAAAAAAAAGUCAGUGCUCACUUUUUGUAUUUAAAUAUUAAAAAUGAUUCCAACUGAAAGUGUCAUCCAUGUGCCUGUGAUAAAUACCUUAAAAUUACUUAGACCAUUUUAGAAGGUUAAAGACAUGUACUAUCUCUCACAUUUCCUCUUACCUAAGCCAGCACCUCCAUCUCAAUUCUGAUUGACCCCUUCGUCCCAAGUUAAGUUUCCAAAAGUGAAAAAGAAAAUUCAUUUUUGGCCAAGAACCUCUUAAUAGCAGUCUUUGCCCUGAAUUCAGACACUUUCAGAUCCACCAGCCUAAGACAAAGGAUUGGGGUCCUGUGCUUGUAUAGUCUACAAUGACACUGUAUAGUUAUAAAGUAUUUGUUAGAAAUAACUACUGAUUUCUCAUCUGGGGAGGGUUGCAAAUAGGACUUUUUGUGACCUAGUUUUUUAAAAAAUAAAUGUUGAGAUGAACCACUGA